AUGGCUAGUUCCAAGGUGCUAGCUGUUGCUUUCUUGGUUAUGCUCUUUGUGGAGCUUGCAUUUGCCGCAAGAUCAUCAAAAGAGGUCUUUGGUAGAGGAGGUGGUGGUGGAGGAGGAGGAGGAGAAGGAGGAGGUGGAGGAGGUGGUUCUGGACCUGGUUCAGGUUCAGGGUAUGGUUCGGGUUCAGGAUAUGGCUCGGGAUAUGGUGGUUCAAAAGAAGGAUAUGGUAGUGGUGGUGGUGGAGGAGGAGGAGAAGGUGGAGGUGGUGGUGGCGGUUCUGCUGGUGGGUAUGGUUCCGGAUAUGGGUCUGGCAGUGGCUCAGGGUACGGGUCUGGAGGAGGGAUAGGAAAGGGUGGAGGUGGCGGAGGUGGUGGUGGCAAAGGUGGUGGUGGAGGUGGUGGUAGUGGGACAGGAAUUGGUUCUGGCUACGGAAGUGGUAGUGGCUCCGGAUAUGGAAGUGGAAGUGGUAAAGGAGGAGGAGAGGGUGGUGGUGGUGGUGGGGGAGGAGGUGGAGGUAGGGGCAAUGGUUCCGGCUACGGUAGUGGCUCUGGCUACGGGUCUGGAUAUGGUGGCGGUUACGGCGGUGAUGAACCAUGA